AACAGUAAUACAUGUGUAUCUAUGUGUGUAUAAGAUGAUAUUUUAUGGCAUUUAGUGCAUUCACAAUGCUGUCAACGUCUGGAUCCAAAACAUGGUCAUCGCUCCAAAGUGUUCCGUCCCUGUUAAGCAGAGUAUUAAUUUUUAAACUGUAAUUUUAUUAAUUUAAGUUUCUUUCCAGGGGACUGGGAGAGCUUUUGCCUAUUAUGCGUGAGGUCCUGGGUUCCAUCCCCAGCACCGCAAAACAAACAAACUUCUCAACCUGCCCAAAAGGGACGUUGUCCUGCGGCGGUCGCAUUACAACCGUCCAGUGGGGACCUGAGCUGACGCGGUCCGGCCGCCGAUCCCGCGCAGACUGUGCCUUGCUUUGGGUUUGCAGAGCACUCACAUCGACGCACGUAACCCAGGUGUGCACGGCGGCUCGGGACCCAGGGCCUGAGGACGUGGGAUGCCCUCAGGGCUGCCCAGUCUCGCCGCGGGGCUCCGGCCGCCGGCGCGAGUUCCAGCCCCAGGCCUUCCCCUCCCUUCCGCGUCCGCGGAGGCCGGAGGCGGCCAGGGGCCGGGCUGAGGGGCGUAGCUCGAGGUUUCAUUCGGCGCCAGCUUCUCCUCGCCCCGGUCGCUUGGCCCAGGUUAACUGCGGCUGCUCCGUCCCGGCGGCUCGGGCUGGCCACGCUCGGUGACCCAAGCCCGGCUCAGCCAGAAGGAGGGGCCAGAACUGACGGUGGGCGGGCAGGUCGCCAGUUCCCAGGCCAGGGCCCGCCCUCUGCCCGCCGCCGGGCGGAACCCGGGCCGCCUUGCGGGUCCGUGAGGGUUGGGUGUCAGGCCGGCCCGCUGGGUGGAUCGGGAAGACAGCUUCCUCUUUUUCUCUCAUCCGGUCCCUACUCAGGCAGGCGCUGCGAUUCCGUCGGGUGUCAUGAUCGGUCUAAGGCUGAGGCAGGCGUGGAGACGAGCGGGUCUGCACAGGUCAAGCCAUAUGUUCAGAGAUUGACAGGUGUUUCCAGGGAGAGAGGCAAGAAACUGCACAGCCAGCAGCAGAGCAAACGCCACUUAACCAAGCCCAGUUGAGAGUGCAUGGGAAGCCUGGAUUCUUCUGGAGGGACCCUACAGCCAUACGCAGCCAUGUGUGGCCUAGCUGUACUCCUGUUCAUUUUCCUGACUGGCGGAACUGAGGCUUUUCGCAUCUGUGCCUUCAAUGCCCAGCGGCUGACACUCGCCAAGGUGGCCAGGGAGGAGGUGAUAGAUGCCUUAGUUCGGAUCCUGGCUCGUUGUGACAUCAUGGUGCUGCAGGAGGUGGUGGACUCUUCCAACACUACAAUUUCCCUGCUGCUUAGAGAGCUCAAACGACUUGACAGCGCUAGGCACUAUAGCUUCCUAAAUAGCUCACUGCUGGGACGAAGCACGUACAAGGAGAAGUAUGUGUUCAUCUACCGGUAAGCACAGGGGUUGGGAAAGACAGGGCUAGCCCUUGGCUUGGGAGAUGGCUCAUUAGUUUCAAGGGCCACAAGACCCUCCCUUCUGGGGAUAGCCUCGCUUUCUCACCAUGCUCUUUCGCCACAAUGGUUUUAUUCUGGGAUCUUCCCUUCAUCAACCCCAGCCGGCAUGUCCAUAUAAUAGGAGGCCUCUCUCCCCAUGCACAAAUGUAGGGCCCUUCUUCCUCCUUCCUAUGGAAGCCACUGGUGCUCUGAGAGUGGCUGGUCCCCUCUCUGGGAGUGGCCAACAGUAGCCACAGCUUCUGGAAAGAGGAUCAAUGAAUGUUGGCAUUGGUUGAACUAAAUUUCUAGAAAGUAUUUUUUUCCCCUCAAUACUGAGGAUUGAACCUAGGGCCUCACGCUUGCUAAGCAAGUGCUCUACCACUUCAGCCA